AUGGUUAAAGAACACGGUUGGUAUCCAUAUGAAUUUCAAUCUGGUACAACAGUUGCUGUUGCCGGUGACGAUUAUGUUGUUGUUGCAAGUGACACACGUUUAACAGAAAAUUAUUCAAUACAAUCUCGUACACAUAGUAAUGUGUAUAAAAUGCACAACAAUUCAUUACUUUUAUCAACAGGUUUUCUUGGUGAUGUACUUACACUCAAGAAAACACUUGAAGGUCGUAUUAAGACAUAUGAAUAUACUCAUAAUAAACCAAUAUCAACUCCUGCUUUGGCUCAAAUGAUUUCUAUUAUGAUGUAUGGUCGUCGAUUUUUUCCUUAUUAUACAAAUACGGUUAUAACAGGUUUGGAUACUGAUGGUCAAGGUUGUAUUUAUGCAUUUGAUCCUGUUGGUUCAAUGACAAAACAACUUUAUGCAUGUGAAGGUAGUGCUAUGCCACUUAUUUUACCAAUUCUUGAUGCACACAUUCUUGGUAAAAAUACAUCAAAACCAGGCCAAGUAAAACGAACAAAAGAAGAAACUGUUAGAAUGAUAAAAGAUAUUUAUAUGGCUGCAUGUGAACGUAAUGUUGAACUUGGCGAUGGUGUUGUUAUUCAUACAUUAACAAAGGAAAAAGGCAUUGAAACUGAUAUUCAUCCAUUACGUAAAGAUUAA